AUGGGAGAUGAAGAUUGGGAAGCAGAAAUAAUCAAACCUCAUAUGUCUUCCUAUGUUCCUGUAUUUGAGAAGGAUAGGUAUUCUUCUGGAGCACAUGGAGACACUUUUAACAGGACUCUGGCUUCAUUGUCAGAAAUGGAUGAUAGAUAUUCUCGAAGAGAUCAUUUCAUGAGAAGCAGAUUUGCCUCUGGGAGGAGUUUGGGAAACAGGGAUCCUGGCGAGUCUAACAAAAGAGAGCAUACAUCCACAAUGGGUGAUUUUGGAGUUGGAAGGAGUUUUGGAAACAGAGGUUUUUCAAAUAACAAGUUUGAAGAAGGUGAUAGCUGUAGUUUCUGGAGAGAGUCUAGUAAUGACCGUGAAGAUAAUCAAACACGGAACAGAGGGUUUUCCAAGAGAGACGGCUAUCAAGAUGGAAAUGAUUCAGAAGCUUCAGGGUCAUUCAGAAGAGGUGGAAGAGGUAGUUACCGAGGUUGCCGUGGAGGAUUUGGUCUAGGAAGUCCAAAUAGCAAAUAUGAACAAGAUGAAGGGACCCAGCGCUCUGGUGGCAUUUUUGGCUCUAGAAGAUCAGCAUUAAGUGGUGUAGGUAAGGGUGACACUUAUCAAAGCAGAAGUGGUAGUGGAAGUGGACGAGGUGGUUACAAAGGUUUAAAUGAAGAAGUAAUUACAGCCUCUGGAAAGAAUUCUUGGAAGUCAGAAGCUGAAAGAAGAGAAAGCGGUGACACUCAAGGACCAAAAGUGACCUACAUACCACCUCCUCCACCUGAGGAUGAGGACUCCAUCUUUGCACAUUAUCAGACAGGCAUAAACUUUGACAAAUAUGAUACUAUUCUUGUAGAAGUAUCUGGGCAUGAUGUACCACCAGCAAUUCUGACUUUUGAAGAAGCUAAUCUUUGUCAGACACUGAAUAGCAACAUUGCUAAAGCUGGUUAUACUAAGCUUACUCCUGUGCAAAAAUACAGUAUUCCUAUUAUACUAGGAGGAAGAGAUUUGAUGGCUUGUGCUCAGACAGGGUCUGGAAAGACUGCAGCUUUUCUCUUGCCAAUUUUGGCUCAUAUGAUGCGUGAUGGAGUAACUGCCAGUCGUUUUAAAGAGCUGCAGGAACCAGAGUGUAUUAUUGUCGCACCAACUCGAGAAUUGAUCAGUCAGAUCUAUUUGGAAGCCAGAAAAUUUUCUUUUGGGACUUGUGUAAGAGCUGUUGUUAUAUAUGGGGGAACCCAGUUGGGGCAUUCCAUUCGACAAAUAGUACAAGGCUGUAAUAUAUUAUGUGCUACUCCUGGGAGACUGAUGGAUAUCAUAGGUAAAGAAAAGAUUGGUCUCAGACAAGUCAAAUAUAUAGUUUUGGAUGAAGCUGAUCGCAUGCUGGAUAUGGGUUUUGGACCAGAAAUGAAGAAGUUAAUUUCCUGCCCAGGAAUGCCGUCAAAGGAACAGCGUCAGACCCUUAUGUUUAGCGCAACUUUUCCAGAAGAAAUUCAAAGGUUGGCUGGGGAGUUUUUAAAGUCGAAUUAUUUGUUUGUUGCUGUUGGACAAGUGGGUGGAGCAUGUAGAGAUGUUCAGCAGACCAUUCUCCAAGUUGGCCAGUACUCAAAAAGAGAAAAACUUGUCGAAAUUCUACGAAACAUAGGAGAUGAAAGAACUAUGGUCUUUGUUGAAACCAAGAAAAAAGCAGAUUUUAUUGCCACUUUUCUUUGUCAAGAAAAAAUAUCAACAACAAGUAUUCAUGGUGAUCGAGAACAGAGAGAGAGAGAACAAGCCCUUGGAGAUUUCCGCUGUGGAAAGUGCCCAGUUCUUGUUGCUACUUCAGUAGCUGCCCGAGGGCUGGAUAUUGAAAAUGUUCAGCAUGUUAUCAAUUUUGAUCUCCCUUCUACCAUUGAUGAAUAUGUUCAUCGAAUUGGGCGUACUGGUCGUUGUGGAAAUACUGGCAGAGCUAUUUCCUUUUUUGAUACUGAAUCAGAUAACCAUUUAGCACAGCCUCUAGUGAAAGUACUGUCAGAUGCUCAACAGGAAGUUCCUGCAUGGUUGGAAGAAAUUGCCUUUAGUAUGUAUGUUCCUGGCUUCAGUGGUAGUACAAGAGGAAAUGUGUUUGUAUCAAUUGAUACUAGAAAGGGCAAGAGCUCUUUGAACACAGCAGGGUUUUCUUCUUCACAAGCUCCUAAUCCAGUAGAUGAUGAGUCAUGGGAUUAA